UCGGCUCUCUAGCUGGAGAGGAGGCGGCGAGCUGCUCUGACUGGGAGUUUACUCUGCAGGAAACCAGACGUGGACUGGAAAAUCACAGAAACCGACAAACAACGAAUGAUUAUACACGAAUGCAGGAAAGUUGCUGACAUUUGCUGCUGUGGAUCUGAAGGUUAUUUUGUUCAUCUGUUUUCUGACUGAGAUUAUCGCAACAUGCCACGGCGGAAUGUACAAGAAGUCACUGUUGAAGACGUGCAGAAGAGACGAAACCCCAACAAACACUAUGUUUACAUCAUCAAAGUUUCUUGGUCUGAUGGCACCAAUGAAAUCAUAUUCAGGCGCUACAGUAAAUUUUUCGACCUCCAGAUGGAGCUUCUGGAUAAAUUCCCUGUGGAAGGUGGACAGAAGGAUCCAAAGCGCAGAAUCAUUCCCUUUUUACCAGGCAAGAUUCUGUUCCGAAGAAGCCACAUCAGAGACGUGGCCAUGAAACGGCUGAAACCCAUCAAUGAGUACUGCAGAGCCCUCAUCCAGCUGCCCGUCUACAUCUCUCAAUGUGAGGAGGUCCGCUUGUUCUUUGAGACCCGUCCUGAAGAUCUGAAUCCACCCAAGGAGGAGUCCAGCGGCAAGAAGAAGUCAGGCAUUGUGGAGCGAGCGACUUCUAUCAUAAAGAGAGGAGGAGACUCGUCCUCAGCCGACCCGCUGCCGCUGGAUCAGUAUGUGGCCGUCACAGACUAUGAGAAACAGGAGAGCUCUGAGAUCAGUCUGUACGCGGGACAGGUGGUGGAGGUCAUCGAGAAAAACGAGUCCGGUUGGUGGUUUGUUAGUUCAGAAGAGGCUCAGGGUUGGGUACCGGCCACGUGUCUGGAAGCUCAAGAUGACCCUGAUGAUUUCUCACUGCCAGCAGAAGAAGGAGUGUGCCGGAGGUUCUGGUCACUGCCGAGACACAUGGGUCGCAGGCGUACUUUAGGGGAUCUGUUCAGCACAGGCUUUGGUCAAGAGGAGAAGUACACUGCCAUCUAUCCAUACUCAGCACGUGAUCAAGAUGAAAUAGAUUUGGAGAGAGGCAUGACGGUCGAGGUCAUUCAGAAAAACUUGGAAGGCUGGUGGAAAAUCAGGUAUGAAGGGAAAGAGGGCUGGGCCCCGGCGUCCUAUCUGAAGAAAGCGGACAUUCUGAGUCAGAAGAUGGCUGCCGGCGGUCCGGUUCAUGCCAGCACUAAUGAUCUGGACGUGGCUUUCAAACAGCAGAAUGCACACAGAGAGAAUCAGAGGGACAGACUGACACCGUUCUCAGACACCAAACGCAAAGCAGAGGCACGACAGAGACCUCCACCACGCCGGGAUCUCACAAUACCGCGAGGAGUGAACCUGCCUAAACCUCCAGUGCCCCCUCAGGUAGAGGAGGAGUAUUACACCAUAGCUGACUUUCAGACAAACAUCCCCGAUGGCAUUAGCUUCCAGGCGGGAUUGAAAGUCGAGGUCAUUGAGAAGAACUCCAGCGGCUGGUGGUACAUUCAGAUAGAUGACAAAGAGGGCUGGGCUCCAUUAACAUUCAUAGACAAGUACAAGAAGACCAGUAACGCCACCAGGCCAAACUUUUUGGCCCCUCUUCCUGGUGAGAUGGCUCAACUGAAGCUGGAGGACACCUCAAGCAAUAACACCAGCUCAGAAGAUAGUUGGUCCAAGCCCCUGCCGGACGAGCCCUUGUCCAACUCUGAUUUCUCUAGCCGUCCAAAACUGAGAGAAUGGAAGUCCAAUCCGGUCAAGAGCAGCUCUCCUUUUUCUACGCCUUUACCUCCACCUCCCUCCUCUCCCACAGCUGAGGAGAAGCCGGCUUUACCACCCAGGAGAGAAUCCAUCAACAAGAGCCUGGAACUGGAGGACAAACCCAGAGUGGACCUUUCCAAACCUCUCCCACCCAAACCUCCGGCCCCGGGGGUCAACGUCCCGUUGAUAGCGCCAAAAGCCGCUCCCGUCAAACCUGACAAACCCCCGGAGCUCAAGAAGGAGGAGAAGAACAAGCAACUGUACCUGCGCAAUGAGAUGGGCUUAGAGUGUGGCCACAAGGUGUCGGCCAAGGAGGUGAAGAAGUUUAACCUGAAGCACGUGCCCAAGCACCCCCCCAAACCCAAACCGGAUUCUCUAGAUGACGACAAGCCUGAUUCAGUCAACCUGGCCCCGUUUCCAAAGCCAAAACCUGUUAUCAGACCCAAGCCUACCCCUGCAGCUAAACCAGAGCCCGUAGCUAAGAGUGAGCUGGAUAUCACAAACCUGAGGAGUAAACUGCGGCCAUCUAAACCUCCAGAGCUUGCCAGCAACCCAAGUGAAGCAAGUCCACAGAAUAACGCCUUGUCCAAUGCAUCCGACGGAAGAUUAAACGAAGAGCAAAAAAACCUGAGUAAACAACAAAAUGGCCACCAGCCGUCAGAAAUGUCUAAACCGCCAACAAAAGAGCCACCACAAAGACCUUCCGUUGCUCCCAGAAGACCUCCACCGCCGAAGAAGAGUUCUGAACCAGCUAGUCCCACAGAUGUCAAAGACUUUCAGGAGGCCAAGCCAGCCCCUCCUCCUCAAAACAGACCCCCGCCACCCAAAGCCAAAGCUGUCGCUCCCACAGCCUCCAGGGAAAAAGAUGAAGCCAAACCCAAAGUGCCUGUGCCACCCAAGCCCCUCAUGAAACCAGGCCCACCCAAAGAGAAGCUGCCACCUGUUAUCAAAGAACCGACCAGAGACCAGCUGUUCUUAGCCGUGGCCGACUUCGAUGGAGACGAGCAGACGCCCGCCUUUAAGGAGGGAAGCGUUUUUGAAGUGCUGGAGAAACAGAGCAGCGGCUGGUGGUUCUGUAAAAAUGUGAGCGAUGAGCCAGUGAUGGAGGGCUGGAUCCCUUCCAAUUACCUGACCAAAAAACCUUAGGUACUCCUUAGGUACAAACCUUAUUUAAUCCACACCUUUUAUUUAUGGCUACCAUAACUUGUUUUUUUAAUGACAUUCCAUGCCAUCUUUUGUGUGUGUGUUUAGUAUCUUGGGCUCUUGGGAGGCUCAAGAUCAUUCCCGUUAUGUAUCUCUGCAGGUGAAACUUACUAGCAAUAUAUAACGGCCCUCUCUCGCCGCUCUUUAUGAUAAUGUGCCUGUGUAAAAUGCAAAGUGCUCAGUGCUUUUGCGUCCUAUAUGCAAGCAAGUCACAUGUUUAUUACUUUUACUAGUUACAAUUAGCAAUCGUAGAGCUUAUAUAAAGCCUGGAGACGCCCAUAACAGUCAUCAGUCUUGACUCUGUCUGAAAUGCUUUCGAGUGCUAAAACUACAAAACACUUUCCUUGUUGAUCUGUCUUCUUUUAAAUAAGUAGAGUAUAGGGUUUGUUUUGUCUUAUGUUUGCACUUUUUAGACUUGCUGCAGACAUCUGCACUGGAACUGCUAAGUGAAGAGAAGGUGCAGAACAUAUAAAAACAGUCCUGAGAAAACGGUUUACAGUACAGUGCCAUCCAUUUCUAAAUGAAUUGAAAAUCUCCAUCUCAUUUUUGCAGUACUAAUGUCCAGAUGUAAAUAAGAGUAACAGAUUACCUCAGAGCGAGCGUCAUUAUUUUCUAUACCAGUAUUGCCCAAAAGUAUUUUCAUGACACUGAGAAAAGUGCUUCGAUGCUUGACUGGUUUCAAGCCUAGAUUUGAUCAACAUGGUGACUUUUGAAAUCAUGUAGUCAUUUUUUACUUUGUGCUUUGUUGUCCAUUCAUGCGGAGAGUGUAUGAGGUGCCCAGUUUAACUUGACAAUACUGGGAGCUCCAGAAAUGAAACGCUUACAUGAAUUUAUGCUCAUCAGCUCCUAGUUGCUGUAAAUCUCUUCUCAUCUGCAUCAAACACAGGAAGCCGAAUGAAGGUUAUGAGAGAAAAUCUGCAGGUGUUUCUCAUCCGGUGUGAUGUGUCGUGUUGGUUUUUUUAUGAGCAGUAGCAACACACAGAAGAGGGUCAAUCUCUCACAUAUACUGUAUGUGCAUGAAGACCGAACAUGUAGGUGGGAAAGGAUCUGUAUGGAUGAUCUGUUGACACAUUGAGCAUUUGAGUUUGACAUUUGUUUUCUCCCUUAUAUUUCAUGUUUUUACUUUGAUCUUUUUUACAUGAUGUUAACCAAAUAAACAUUUUACAUUGUCAAAAAUGCUUUCCAUGACGUUAUUGUGCCAUCACAGUCAUACUGAAUGUCAAUCAAAAUAUGGAUUCAUUUAGCUGAUGCUUUGAUUCAAAGACGGUACACAUAGCUGUUUUCAAGUCAAAAUAAAAAGUUUUGAAUGGAAACUUCUUGAAAAUUGUGGCGUUCACAGCUGAUCUCAGUUCUUUGAAUGCGUAGUGAGGAAGCGUCAUGAGUGAGGACAUCAAUAAGUGUUUUAUCA